UCAAGUGUGUUCUACAAGUGAUCACGUGUGAAAAAUUUAUUGCGCAAAUAGUUGCAGUUCUGAGUGCUCGACAAAAAAAAUGUCUCAACCACCAAAUAAGAAAGUUCGCGUAGAACAAGAUUGUGCGCAAUGAGAUAUUAUUGUUACCGACGCUGCACGUUUACAUUGCAUUCCAGAAAAGACAACGCAGAGAGAAACCAUAAUACGUGUUGAUUCCGACGACAGACAUUUGCAGUCAAAUCGAAUCAAUGAGCGUUGGUGUAAAAUUUUCUUCAGACAUUCAAAUGAAGGCGACGGUUACAAUCUUGGCAAAAUUGUGUUAAAGCUGACAUUGGACGGAGCAAAUGGUUCGGAAAAAUUCGAAACCAAUUUCGACAACGGGAACAUUGUUCAACGCUUUCCUGGACUCGAUAAGUUUCAAAUUCAAGUCGAAGGCCUAAUAGCAGGUCAUCGAAUUGCAGACUCGCAGAGAGAUUUCGGAGGAAGAUGCUUCGCUGAUAUUGAAGUCAUCUAAAACCAUCAAGCGUCUAUCGCAGCACGAACAAAAGUAUAUUGAGGUGAAACAUUUUGUUUUCGCUUUUCAACAGCUAAAUAUACCUGCUGCUUUGUUUGGCAAACCAGGAAAACUUGACACUCGAAAAAUAUUCAAAAUCGAGUUCGAAAAAUACGACGCCAUUUACAAGGAAAUUAUCCUUCAAGUCAAGGUGUACUCGUCGGCCAUAAAAGGCGAUAUCAGUUAUGUGGAAGAGACUGCACCCGACAUGACGGAUGGCAUUCCACUUUUCGAUUAUUAUUUUUUGAACAGACGCGAAUGCAGCUCAUCCACAGGAAUAAGCCAUUCAGUAGCUGAAGAUGCACAGCGUUUCUUUGCGAUGAUGCGGGAGUAUCAUUUAUACGAAAGUCGACCGAAUCCUCCGGAUACAGUUCAGGAUCCUCGGAUGAUGUCACAACUUCUGGACUACCAGAAGGAGGCCGUUGGUUGGAUGCUGGCUAGAGAAGGUGUGCUGGAAUUCUGCAAUGACGACAAUCACUCGACUGAACAGCUGCAAAAAAUGCUGUCGAUGAAUAUCAACAAGCGCGUGAAUUUGAAAGCGUUCGGCAAUAAAUGUGUUCGUGACGCAUAUUAUUCGAAAACAUCUGGUUGCUUGUCGUGGCAGAAACAAUCAAUUGAAAAACUGCCCAGCACUGGAGGCAUACUGACGGACGAGAUGGGUUUGGGCAAAACGAUUGAAUUGCUCUCACUAAUUCUUUUGAAUCCAAGAGCGGCUAUGACUGAUCCGAAAAACGAAACAGAGGUUGGUGAUGACAGUGGUGUUAAGAUUGGAUCGGUCGAAUGUACGUGUGGGACUUUGGAUCCAAAAAAAGGAAACAGUGUCAUGUGCUCUGAUUGUGGCAAUUCUCAGCAUCGUCGCUGCCUGGGCUUUGAUGAAACGAGUGACGUUCAACCAGGGAACAAGUAUUUGUGUCCACAUUGCAUUGCGAAAUCGCCUCCGAAACCAUCGAAGUCGACACUUAUUAUAGUGCCGAACAGUCUGCUAAUGCAGUGGGAAGAGGAAAUAGGAAAUAAUGUCUCGGACGAUUCAUUGAAAAUUCAUAUUUACGGUGGUUUCAAUAAUGGAAAAAAGUAUGUGCACCCUGCUGUGUUGUCUGAACACGAUAUUGUUCUCACAACGUACGAAAUUUUGCGACAAGAAAUCCAUUUCGCCGAUGUAGCCGAAGAGACACGACUCCGUGAUCGCAAACGAUAUGCAGCCCUGCCAUGUCCACUGAUACUGAUUGAAUGGUGGAGAGUAUGUCUUGAUGAGGCUCAAAUGGUGGAAAACGUUAAUUGGAAUUAUGCAAAACUGGCUCGCAUGGUAUCGGCUAUCAAUCGCUGGUGUGUAUCUGGAACUCCGAUUAAGGAUGGCUUACAAGAUUUGUAUGGAAUCGUUUGUUUCCUUGACAUCGAUCCGAUCACCGACAUCAAAUUGUGGGAUUCCUUAAUCAUGGAACCAUUUAGACUAAACAACAGCCAGGUCGCUAUCACUACCAAUCUGUUUGGGAAAAUAUUUUGGCGAACUGAGAAAGAAUUCGUUCAGGACCAGUUGCGAUUGCCGAGGCAAACGGAGGUGAUUCAUCGUUUGGAAUUCUCACCGGCCGAAAGAUAUUUCUACGAUCAACGUGCUGUGUAUUGGAUUGAAAAGUUCAAAGCAGCUGUGUGUAAUAUUGAACCCGAUCAAUCAAUUCAUACGCUGAGUACCAGUCAACUGUUGCCAUUCCGGAGACUACGUGAGAUUUGCACUCAUCCACAAUUAGAUGAGGAAGCGUUCGCGGCAGUUGACAUAUUUAUCGAACGAGGCGCAAAAUUGACUUUCAAUGUCUUCGAAUUGGUUGACUGGCUCAUCAAGCAAGCACUGAUGAAAUGCCAGAAGGCGUUUAAGACGCAAAUGGUUGCAUUGAAUGAUCUUGCCGGAUUGCAUUUGAUGAAAAAUGAGUUGGAAAUUGCAGCCAGACGAUACAGACAUGCGAUCGAUCUUGCCGAUCAAAACAGAAAUCUAUUGAAAACUGAAGAUAUUCACCUGCUGCACGCUCUCAUUAAUUUAAGCGAUAUUCACAAAAAACUAAGACUGACACCGUACGACACUAGAGUCAAUGAACUGCUCGCAAAUUUGAUGCAAAUCAGAACCAAUGACAUUACUGCCACUUCGAAUGGUAUUUUACACAAACAUCGCACGGUAAAUUUUGACGUCAACGAGGGGACAUGGUGGAAACGUACGAUUGAGUACAUAAAGUGCAACGAAAAUGCAACAGAACUAUUCCAAAAUCUCGUCGUCGCGCUGAAAAAAACCAUUCCCAUUGAAUACAUGACCUUGAAGAAACCUGCUAUCGAACCAUUAAAUGCCUUGAUAACCAACCUGCAAGAAACUUUGAAGAAAAAUCUUUUGGCGAUUUCAACCAAGCGAGAAGAAAUAUUUUCGAACUGGCAAGACCUCGGUUCAAUGAACUCUAUCCCGACGUAUUUGAACUGGUCACUGUUGGAAUGCGGUCACCUUUCCCAACCAGCACCGAAUGACGGUUUGGUCAGCUCACCAUCGUGUAGACUAUGCUUCUUUGAAAGUAGUCUCACGGAGUACGAAUCGCUACUGAGUCGUCCACCACAGGAAUCGGAUUUUGUGAUUGAAGAAGUCUGGAUGAAAUCAUGGACGGAGAGUAUACUAAACGUGAUCUGUCGCUUUGCUCAAAAAAGUGGAUUCCCUGCGACCAUACUGGAUGAUGGUAAGCAGCACAUUGGACAGUUUUGUGAUCUACAAAAUGAAGUCCGGGACAUUUGGGAAUGGCUCAACAAAAUCGAUAGACGAACGAGCGCAAUGCACAAAUAUCUUCAGGAAGCAAAACCUAAUGUUGUGCAAUCACUGCCGAUUUCAACUCGUACUCACAUGGGAUCGAUUGACCAAUCCAGUCAGGAUUUCAAAGAUUGCCUUCGAGAUCUUAUGUAUCUGAAAGGGCUAAAGACAUAUGGCUACAGUACCAAUUCGACCAUCGUUGAUUCAAAUCAACAAAAAUGCCGUGUAAAACAUUCUCAGCAGAAGUGGAUCUUCCUUCCAUGCAAUCAUUUUUUCUGCGCCAACUGCUGUGCCGAAAAUGAUAGUGACGAAUUCAGCUGUUCUAUUUGCAACAGAAAAACAGAAAAGCGAUUGUCCAUCAAUGUGGAUAUACAGAGCAAUUCCAGACACAGUGUAACGAAUAUUCCAUCAUUGAAAAUUACAAACGAGGUGAUCUGGAGAAAUCCAUUCACAAAGGUUGAAGGCGUUGUCCGCACUUUGCUAACAAUUAAACGAAAUCAUCCCAACGACAAGGCGCUGGUCAUUUGCAGCUGUGCUGCAAUGUUACAAGUAUUUGCUGCAGAGUUUGUGCAAAAUGGCAUUUCGUACAUUUUGUACAAUUCUAAAGACAAAGGAAAAACAAAGACAGGCACAUGGCAUCGAUACCGGACUGACACCACUCAGGUUUUGCUAAUGCCGUUGGCCGUCGCGUCAACGGGUCUCAAUUUGACGCAAGCAAAUCACAUAUUAUUGGUUGAACCCAAUCUUAAUCUGGCGAUGGAGGAGCAGGCAAUCGGACGAAUUCAUCGGUUGGGACAACGGAAAGAGACAUUUGUGCACAAAUUUUACGUGGCCGAUACGAUUGAAGAAAAACUUGUCAGAAUGGACAACAACAAAAAAGUGUCAUCGUUCGUCGAUGGCAAUAUAACAGUAGAGGAUCUCUUACACUUAUUCGAAAAUAAUUUGCAGAGUGCGUCAAAUUCUGCGAACUUUUUCUCGAACAGUUUAUGGAGCUUGUCUGGGGUACGUUUUUAACGUUUAAAAUGUAUUGAAAUUACAUUUUGCAAUUUCCUAGACGAUUAAUAAUAAGCAAAAAUUAUUUACAAACACUCGGUAGACAUAUGUACGAGUUGUUGCACGUUGUUAUACUGAAACUUGAAUUAUAUCACUGAAU